CUCCCGCCAGCUGCGCGCUGCGUCCCGGCGACGGCAGGAGCACGUGGAGCGGCCGGGGAGCCAGAGCGCAACUCCAAUCCAAUCCAGCCCAGCCCAGCCCGGCGGCGAGAUGGAAGAUACAAAACCAAAUGUGGAACUGAAAAGCACUCAGGAACAGUCUGUGUCCACAGAAGACCCAGUGAUUUUGAAUGACUAUGAUUUAACCAAACCACAUGAAACAGAAAAUGUGGACAGUGCAGAAGGCCCAACCAAUGAAGAUGAAGAUCUAGGAGAUGAUUGCAUGAAAGUGAAAGAUGAAUACACUGAAAGGGAUGAGAAUAUUUUAAAGCCAGAGCCCAUGGGAAAUGUGGAAGAGACUGAAAUUCCAUACAGCUAUUCAAGAGAAUAUAAUGAAUAUGAAAACAUUAAGUUGGAAAGACAUGUUGUCUCAUAUGAUAGUAGCAGACCAGCCAGUGGCAAGAUGAACUGCGAUGUGUGUGGAUUAUCCUGCAUUAGCUUCAAUGUCUUAAUGGUUCAUAAGCGGAGCCAUACUGUUGAGAAACCCUAUAAAUGUGAGUUUUGUGGAAGGAGUUACAAGCAGAGAAGUUCCCUCGAGGAGCAUAAGGAGCGCUGCCGUACAUUUCUUCAGAACACGGACCUGGGUGAGACUGCAAGUGCGGAGGCAAGACACAUCAAAGCAGAGAUGGGAAGUGAAAGAGCUCUCGUUCUGGACAGAUUAGCAAGCAAUGUGGCAAAACGAAAAAGCUCAAUGCCUCAGAAAUUCAUUGGUGAGAAGCGUCACUGCUUUGACGUCAACUAUAAUCCUAGCUAUAUGUACGAGAAAGAGAGUGAGAUAAUCCAGACCCGGAUGAUGGACCAAGCCAUCAAUAAUGCCAUCAGCUACCUUGGUGCUGAAGCCCUGCGCCCCUUGGUCCAGACCCCACCUGCUCCCACCUCAGAGAUGGUUCCAGUAAUUAGCAGUAUGUAUCCCAUAGCCCUCACCUGUGCCAAAAUGUCCAACGGUGCCCCCCAAGACCUAGAAAAGAAGAAUAUCCACCUGCCAGAGAAGAGCUUGCCCUCUGAAAGAGGCCUCUCCCCCAACAAUAGUGGCCAUGACUCCACGGACACUGACAGCAACCACGAAGAACGCCAGAAUCACAUCUACCAGCAAAAUCACAUGGUCCCCGCUAGGGCCCACAAUGGGAUACCACUUCUGAAGGAGGUCCCCCGCUCUUAUGAACUCCUCAAGCCCCCACCCAUCUGCCCGAGAGACUCCAUCAAAGUGAUCAGCAAAGAAGGGGAGGUGAUGGAUGUGUAUCGGUGUGACCACUGUUGAGUCCUCUUCCUGGAUUACGUGAUGUUCACUAUUCACAUGGGUUGCCACGGCUUUCGUGACCCUUUUGAGUGUAACAUGUGCGGAUAUCGAAGCCAUGAUCAGUAUGAGUUCUCAUCUCACAUAGCCAGAGGAGAGCACAGAGCCAUGCUAAAGUGAACAUCUGGUCCCAGAGAUGAUUUAUGCCUGAGCAUUCAACAUAAUUUGUAAAAACCGACACCCCACCUAACAAGCUAUUCUCCAAACAAACUCAGUUCCAAACCCCUUUCCAUACCACUUUUAGUGUCCAAAGGGUCAAGUUCACAUGGAAAACAGAGAAAUGCUGUCUUCAUUCAGAAAUUGUUUGCUUUUAUAUCAUGUUAUCAUUUUUGUGAGACCUUUGUUUUCUCAUCGGGGACUUGAGUUUUUAUGACAUUUAAAAGCCAUUGAAGUAUUUGGUCAUUACCUUUUGCAGCAAUAGAACAAGCAGUCCUUGGAGUUUGUUGCCAGUCAAAAGAGUCCCCCAGCUGUGCUGCAUGAGACAUUCUUUCUGAGAUACAGUGCCAUAUGUGGAAAAGUCAUACAUCCAGGUCCAUAAGAAGAGCUCACCAGCUAACUUCGGUGGGAAGACAUGCCCUUCUGCACUUAACAGAGGCUGAAAGUCUAGGAUAUAAUCUCCUCAUCCCUAAUUAGAGUCUAAUAGUAAGGAAAAGAACAGUGAUAAAAUAAGUAUCUGUUACCAGUUCCUGAAGACCCCAGUCUCCAAGCAGCAGACCCAUUUCUUAUCACACAAGGAAAAAAAAAAAAAAAAAUCAAGUUAUUCGAUGAUACUUCUGCUUCUAGCCUCCCAUACCAAUUUAAAAACUGCUUUGGGUUAAACCAGUCCUGUAUAAGAGAAAUUCUAUACCAGAAGAACUAAUGGUUUUAAACAUAGACUAUCAUUGAAACUUCACAAAGUUGUCUGUUAAGGCAUCCAUUUCCUGUCGUCGAAAUUGGCAGAACUGGACUCUGAGGGGGAAAUAGUUCAGCAGCAGGAGGAGAGGGGCAGCUCUGUGAACGUUCUUGGUCUCCUUCAUGGAGCAUUAGUAUACAGACCUAAGGCACAAUUGCCGAUAAUUUUUUUUUUUUUGACAGAAAA